AGUAAACGAGGAAAAAUGGCGACCAUCGCGAUGAAGUUGAACGGGACUAUUUACACAACUGUAAUGAAUUGUCUGACAAACAAAAUUAGAGUAUCUGUGUUAUUAGUUUUAAUAUUCGCUUUUGCGAGUAGUAGUUCUGGAGAAAACACCCAUGAAGAUAAUGCUUAUGAAUUUCUCAAGCGAGAGUAUUCGCUGACUAAGCCCUACCAAGGACUGGGCUCCUCCAGCUCAUCACACUGGGAGUUCAUGGGAAACACCAUGAUCAUGCCUGAACACAUACGGCUGACACCAGACUUGCAGAGCAGACAAGGAGCUGUGUGGAGUCGCAUUCCCUGUUACCUUAGAGACUGGGAGCUACGAGUGCAAUUUAAGAUCCAUGGAGAGGGCAAGAAGAACCUGAAUGGGGAUGGCCUUGCAAUAUGGCUGACUAAAGAGAGAAUGCAAAUUGGACAAGUAUUUGGAAACGCAAAUUUUUUUACUGGUCUGGGUGUUUUUGUAGACACUUAUCCGAAUGAUGUCAAGCAGAUUGAGAGAACGUUUCCUUUUAUCUCUGCAAUGGUCGGGAAUGGGAGUGUAGAAUAUGAACAUGAACGAGACGGACGGUCUACUGAUCUUGGAGGCUGCACUGCUCAAGUUCGCAACGUUGAAUAUGACACGUUCCUCUUGAUCAGAUACAUGAAGAACAGACUUACAGUGAUGAUGGAUACUGAUGGGAAGCAAGAGUGGAAGGACUGUCUGGACAUACCUGGAGUGAGGCUGCCACAAGGGUACCACUUCGGGGUCUCAUCAGCCACUGGAGAUUUAUCAGAUAACCAUGACCUGAUCUCCCUCAAGCUGUAUGAGCUUACAGUAGAACGGAGUCCUGAAGAGGAAGAGGAACAGCAGGAGAUCACGUUGCCUAGUGUAGACUACCGAGCGGACCCUAAUGUUUACGUGGAGGAUGAAGGAAGGAGCAUCAUCACCGUCUUCUUUCUCUUCAUUGUUUCCGUCGUUGCACUGGUUGUAGUGAUUGUGGUAAUUAUCUUUCUAUAUAAUCGCUAUAAAGAAAACCGCCGCAAGCGCUUCUACUGAGCAGAUUAAAGAGAGUGUCACAGGUAGGAAAUGGGACGAAAGAUCCAACGUGAGUGUGACUGGCAUUUUUGCAAAGGACCAUUUCUGGUCCUCACCUCUGCCACCAGGAAGGACCUAAAGGCCAACACUGAACUAAAAAAACAUACCUGACCUCUCCGAGUGGAAACCGACCACCUCAGUCAUGAUUAUCAUCUCAAAAAACUGUUCAAAAGUUUUUGAAAGGGUGUGCGUCUGUUUUUGAAGGUCUCUUCAGACUUUUUUUGCUGUAUUUUUGUACCAGUUACACUGACCUUGGCCUUUCACCCUGAGGCACCACAGAGAACAAUGUGUGACAGCAUUUACAGAGUUAAACAAACUGUUGUAAUCUCAGGUUGUCUAUUGCAAUGCCACUGCAGAUAUCCUUUUAGAAAUGUUUUUCUUUAAAUUAGACAGAAAUUGAUCAAACGAAAAUAUGAAUGUGACUUCGACUUUGAAAAGUCACAAUCUUAGUUACCAGUCUUCAUUAAAUAGCAGUGUCAGAAAACCCCCCAUCUGUUAUCAUAUUAUUAACUUAGUUGUCAGAAAACCCCCAUUUGUUAUCAUAAUCAUUUAGUUGUCAGCAGUCAUGUUUAACUUACAUCAAAGUAAUUUGCUUAUUAUCCUUCUAUAAGUUAUAUUACCAGCUGUAUUGUUAUAAACACACAGUAACAACCAUCAAUGUGAAUGUGAAGAAUAUUUUUCCCAAUCGUCUUUUGUAAUGAAUAUAGGUAAAUAUUGGUGCUUUGAUGUAUUUUGUUAUAUGUGGUCCCUUUUUAUGUAUCCAAAACUGCACUAAACUGCUUGGCCACAUGUAGCUUAUCCACAGUUUCUUUGUGAAACAAUUUAACUACUUUAGCUUUCAACUUGUGAUAAACCUGUUAUUUACAUGAUAGACUUAUUUUACAUCUCUCCAUGGCCUUAUUUGAAUACCAUGUUUAAUAAUCUUGAUAUAAGAAAUUGAUGAUGGCAUGUUGUAAAUUCUUAAAUCUUAAUAUCUUCCAUUAAGAGGCAGAGAUGCGCUGCAAGCGUUUUUGUCCAUGUUUCAGUCUUUUUUUUUUCCGCUGCUCUACAGCUAAGAAACAUUUGUCCAUUGUUUUAUACUGGCCUGAAAUUGCAUUGCUGUUCUCAUGAGCUCAGUGAUUGAGCAAGCUGCUGUAUCAAACUCCUGUUUAAUGUUUUCAUGGUUCUCACCAACAUGUUGAAUGACACAAAUUCUAAAUUAAACAAGAUAAAACAAAA